AUGUCUGUUGGUUGCCUGCGCUUGAGGGCUCUGGAACUUUGUGACCCUUACUGUGGGUAUCAGGAUCACAAUUUGGCUGUCAGAUUGAUGGAAGAAGUCGAGGACGGGAAUCUCAUGAGUCUAUGGAGCCUCAGUGUUUCCGGAGAGGCGGUUGGCUGGGUACAAAGUCAAGAAGGCAUGCUUGACAUGGUCCUGAAUCGCCGAUAUCAGGAGAACCAGCCACAGGCUGAGCUGGCGGAGGAGAUUUCGGACAUGAUGGCUUCGAAUAAGCCAGGGUUUCAUCAUCUUAAGUAA